UCACAGGAAGGCUGUCUGACUGCGUUAUAAGACUCAUCAGUGGUUCAGUGCAGCUUCAGCAAAACAAAGAGAACAUCAGCAAACAGACCCACAAGUUGAACCGAGAAGAUGGCUCUAGCCAGCGGUCAUUGGCUGGAGAAAGAGGAGAGGGGAGAAGCUCCGAGUCCAAGACAUGGCCACGCUUUAGCUUUGGCAGGGAACGUGGCCUUCCUGUUCGGAGGAGCUUCCAGCAUCAACCAAGAGGAGGACAUGACUGUUUACUUCAGCGACUUCUACAUGCUAACAGUUUCUCCUGAUGACGUGACAUGGGAGGAGAUACCUCAGCGCGGAGAAGUUCCCACAGCCAGAGAAGGACACACGCUUUGUGUUGUGAAAGGAAAGCUGUAUCUGUUUGGAGGAGCGUGCAGCCGCGGCGCCACAGAGUGUCUGCCGGGAGUCUACAGCUUUGACAUAGUGUCUCUGACUUGGGAUCGCUUGGCGGUCGGCGGCGUGGCCCUCAGAACCCUCAGACACGGCGCUGUUGCCGUGGGAGACAACAUCUACGCGUACGGAGGCAUUCUGAGAGGAAAUCCAACCGACGACCUCAUGGUCUUCAACACAGCGUCUCUCACCUGGACGCCGGUAAAAACUAGCGGAUCGCUGCCUCCUGCCCUGUGGGGUCAGAGUUUUGCUCUGGUGGGAGAUCAGGUGUAUAUGUCUGGAGGUUAUGAAGCAGGUGGAGUUUUCUGUAAUGACUUCCAUGUUCUCAAUACAGAGACCUUGCAGUGGCAGAAGUGGGAGGUGAAGGGAGACUCACCGGCACCCUGCAGAGGACAAACACUGUCUGCACAUCACGAUAAAGAUAUCUACCUGUUCGGCGGCAAAACCACAAAUGAGGACGGCACGGCGACGCCUACCAAUGAAAUCCAUAAACUCAGUAUUUCUAAGAUGAAGUGGAAGGUUCCUCUGUACGUUGGAAUACCUCCGGCCCGGCGCCAUGGACACAGCGCCUUCAUUCUCCACAGCCACCUGUAUGUGUUUGGAGGGAAGAACGAGGAGCAGGAGUUCAAUGACCUGAAAGUGAUGAAACUCAUAAACCCCUCAGAGAGACAACCAGUGAUGAGGGAGAUCCUGUCAGAGUUCGGUCUGCAGGGAGUCAGCCACAGCUUCACACCCACGAAGGUUCCCAACGUUCGCUACGAGCUGAGCGAGUGGGCUCCGCUCGACCAGGCCACAACCACGGCGGCUAAUGCACAGGCGGUUUUCUACAGAGACUUCAGUGCAGUUCGAGAUGAGGCUAUGAGAAAAAUCCAGACAGCCUUUACUCUGCUGGACCAGGAGUUCCAGAACAUGGAGCGAGAGAGGUCAGAUUUAUCUCAAGCUGCUGCAGCUCUGCAAAGAGAGAAAGAAGGUCAUGAAGCCGGCAGACAACAACAGCAACAGGAGCUGCAGGAGAUGCUGGACAGACACCGCUCUCAGAAUGAGGCGUGGCUCCGAGCGAGAGCGGAGGAGAACGACCGAGAGAGGAGGGAGCUCUGCAGACUCAGAGAGGAGGUGCUGCAGGAGCAGGAGAGGCUGAAGGAGGAGCAGAACAGCAUCCAGAAACGCAGCGAGCACCUUCUUUCCAUCAUGCAGCAGUUCAAAGGAAUGUGAGAUGGUUAGAAGGAGAAAGACUUAGACCAUCUUGGCUUUACGUUCUUGUGAUGGGGAUUCCAUGAAAAGGGGAAACUAACUGGAUUAAAAGCACCUUCUAUAAAAAUAUAUCGCAGAAAAAAUGGAAUCUCAAAAGUUUGUACCUUGUAUUGUUAAGUGUUCAUAACGCUGUAAUAUAAAACAACAUUUGACUAAUCAUUGGAUUGGAUUGAUUCAGAUGUCACAAAAACAUAAUAAACACUGAAUUACAAAGGUCA